GUGACAGGCAGGCAUCACAGCUGAGACCGUGAGGAGGCGCCUGGGAAGCGGAAACCUGGGAGAAAUCCAGCUAGAGCCCAAGAGCCAGGACUACCCCUCGACCUGUGAACCAUGGGGGAGAUGGAGCAGCUGAAGCAGGAGGCGGAGCAGCUCAAGAAGCAGAUUGCUGAUGCCAGGAAAGCCUGUGCGGACAUCACUCUGGCUGAGCUUGUGUCUGGCCUGGAGGUGGUGGGACGAGUCCAGAUGCGGACACGGAGGACGUUAAGGGGACACCUGGCUAAGAUCUAUGCCAUGCACUGGGCCACUGACUCUAAGCUGCUAGUAAGUGCCUCGCAGGAUGGGAAGCUGAUCGUGUGGGACACUUACACCACCAAUAAGGUGCAUGCUAUCCCGCUGCGUUCCUCCUGGGUCAUGACCUGUGCCUAUGCACCAUCAGGGAACUUCGUGGCAUGUGGGGGGCUAGAUAACAUGUGCUCAAUCUACAGCCUCAAAUCCCGUGAGGGCAAUGUCAAGGUCAGCCGGGAACUCUCGGCUCACACAGGUUAUCUCUCCUGUUGCCGCUUCCUGGAUGACAACAACAUUGUGACUAGCUCUGGGGACACCACGUGUGCCUUGUGGGACAUUGAGACGGGGCAGCAGAAGACAGUGUUCGUGGGACACACUGGUGACUGCAUGAGCCUGGCUGUGUCCCCAGACUACAAACUCUUCAUCUCGGGAGCUUGUGAUGCCAGCGCCAAGCUCUGGGAUGUGAGGGAAGGGACCUGUCGCCAGACUUUCACUGGCCACGAGUCAGACAUCAAUGCUAUCUGUUUCUUUCCCAAUGGGGAGGCCAUCUGCACUGGCUCAGAUGAUGCCUCCUGCCGCCUCUUUGACCUGAGGGCAGACCAGGAACUGACAGCCUACUCCCACGAGAGCAUCAUCUGUGGCAUCACGUCCGUAGCCUUCUCACUCAGUGGUCGCCUGCUCUUUGCUGGCUAUGAUGACUUCAACUGCAAUGUCUGGGACUCUCUGAAGUGUGAGCGUGUAGGCGUUCUUUCUGGCCAUGACAACAGAGUCAGUUGCCUGGGGGUCACAGCUGACGGCAUGGCUGUGGCCACUGGAUCCUGGGACAGCUUCCUCAAGAUCUGGAACUGAGGAGGCUGGAGGAAGAGGUGGGAAGCCAUGAAGGCUCUCAGCUGACUCCUAUGCCCUGUCUCCUUAGGGUCAGUCUUCUAUACCCUGGGGCCACUCCCAGUAAACUUCCUUCUAAGGGCAGGUGGGAUUAUGGGAGUGUGCCUUUGGGAGUAGCAGGGACACAAGGGCAAAGAACUGCCCCAUUUCCUCCAGGGCCUCUCCUCUCCACAGUCCUCAUAGCUUCUCCCUUCAUAAACAAGAACAGACCCUCCCCAUCCUAGAUGACUCCUGGGCUACCAGCAGCCUUUGUCUGGCCUGGGAAUGGCCAGAGCGCUCAGCCCAUGACUAUAGGUGUCACUCCUAGUAUCCUGGCUCCCUCCCAGCCACUUUCUUUCUGCCCUUUUGUUCUCUCUUAUUACCUAAUAAAAUGUAGCAUCCUGGUA